CCUCGUUCCGGUGUUGCGCAAAGCGAAGCUUGGUUGCGCGCGCAGGAAUGAGAGAGCGGCGAUGGCGGUGAUCGGGGUUUAAAGCUUGCUGCUCUUAGAGAGAGCAAAUAGAGAGGUGGCUAGGCGCAAACAAGCAGGUUGGCGGCGGCAGCCAGAAGGAAGAAGAACCCGACAGAGGGAAGACGGGAUGGAGCUGCGCGGUAGUCGCAAUGCGCAAAAUACGAGGGGACCGAGAGAAAGUGGGGGAUUGGUUCCCGGUUUUCGUCGUUUUCUGCAACCACUUUAUGGAUUACCAGGCACCACCACCUCUCCCACACAGCUUCAGACUUGGCACUCUGCUGCCCGUACCGCACCGUUGCUUGCCGCGCUGACCGGCAAACAACCUGCGCAGGUCGAGUGCACGUGCGAGUUGACUUGGUGCCGGCAAAAAUUACCCAGUCAGGUUGCUUGCCCAAUUUCCAAUCGGCCGCACGAGGUCGUCGCGCGACAGGAACGGAACGGCAGCGUUGGGAAAGACCCUUAUGACGUCGGCAGAGCUCUUGGGGUACCCAGGUGGCUGAUGGGCCCGAGCGGGUGGUUUGUAAGGGGUUUACACGUGGAAUUGCUUUACAGCAACAGAACCCUCGCCAAACAAGUUUGCGUAACAAGAAAGGUUACGAGAAUUGGUGCUGGUAAACGGCAAAAUGGCAAAAUAGGAAUAAUUGCCACGAGGAGAGUACGCCUGUGCGCGAGGACGAAAGGCGUGAAAGGGCGCACGAUGCGGGAAAUAGCGACGGAUCCGAGGUUCAGACGAUGGUUGGCAGGGCAGUGGUGGAUCCCCGGUUCCACGCAGAGGUGAAGAAAAAAGGUGGGGGCUGGCUGAGCGGCCUAUAGUUUCCAACGGAAAGCCAAAUGGCUGGGGCCGCUAGUGUGGGCCCCCUCCGGCUUAUUUCCCAAGACGAACACACGGAAGCUUUGUGGGCGCACGACCAUGCGAGCGAACAACGGCAGACACGGCAGACUGCAUGGAAGCUUCUAUCAAGAAACAAGAAGU